AGGGGCGGCAAGAUGAAUGUGGGCACGGCGCACAGUGAGGUCAACCCCAAUACGAGGGUGAUGAACAGUCGGGGCAUCUGGCUCUCGUACGUGCUGGCCAUCGGGCUCCUCCACGUUGUGCUGCUCAGUAUUCCUUUUGUCAGUGUCCCGGUCGUCUGGACCCUCACCAACCUCAUCCACAACAUGGGCAUGUACAUCUUUCUACAUACAGUAAAGGGAACUCCCUUCGAGACGCCUGACCAGGGUAAGGCACGGCUGCUCACUCACUGGGAACAGAUGGACUAUGGUGUCCAGUUCACGGCCUCCCGCAAGUUCCUGACCAUCACCCCUAUCGUGCUGUAUUUCCUAACCAGCUUCUAUACCAAGUAUGACCAGCUCCACUUCAUCCUCAACACAGUAUCCCUGAUGAGCGUGCUGAUCCCCAAGCUGCCCCAGCUCCAUGGUGUCCGGAUUUUUGGGAUUAAUAAGUACUGAGGGUCUAGCCCCUUCUUUGCCCUGUCCUGGGGGAAUCUGAGGAGAUGAAGAUGAAGGGGGCCUCCAUGCCCAGAGACUGAUGUUGAGCCUAUGGGCCUAGUUAAAGCUCUCCUUUUCCCCUACUUCCUUCCCAAUCCCAGUAGUCAAAAUGGAGUAGCCUUUAGUGGGGUUAGAGGGGGGGGUUCUCCCCUGUUCCCCCCUUCUCUCUCAGUGGCUUUGUUCCCUUUUUGAUUUUUCUCAUUUGGAUAGAAAAAAAAUGUGAGAGGGGUUGUGUGGUACUUCAGUGGUCCCGGCUACCUGAGCUGAAUAGGGACGGAGGAUGUUGGGAAACCCCACACAUUCACUGUAACUCUGGCCAAUGCACUUUAACCCCCACCCCCAGCAGGGGGCAGAGGGAAUGGUACAGCCUCUAUUUCACUUCAGUUCUCUCCGUUGACACAGAGAGAGAGAGAGAGAGA